AUGGAUGACAUGCUAAUUGAUGCAAUCGCUGCAGAAGGAGUUUCUGUAGGCGAUGAGCCAACAGAAGCUGCAAAGAAGUUCUAUGAAAUGCUGGUUGAAGCUGACAAGCCACUGCACGAGAAGACCACACAAUCACGCCUAUCCAUUGUAGGACGGCUAAUGACUAUUAAGACACAACAUAACCUAUCAGAAGCUUGUUACAAUGAGAUUAUGAGUCUUAUACAUGACAGUGUUGGAGACACUGCUGCAAAAGAUCUCCCUACAAACUUCCAUAGGUCCAAGAAGCUUGAAACUUUUGAUGAUGCAAUGAAAAAUGCCCAUGGAGAAAACUGGGAAGAGGAGCACCCAGAAUUAGAUGCACAAAUCAUCUAUGAAGCAGCAGGCAGAAUGCCACAUGGCAGGCUGGGAAUUGCCAAUGAGUUAUUUACCAAAACAGAGAAGUCCAAGAUUAAAUCUAGAAAGGUGCCUGUCUCACAGCCGGUGCGGUCAGCUAGGGAAGACCGUUUAGAAAGAGAAAAUGACCGUUUACAGCGAGAUAACAAGCGUCUUCGAGGCAUUGAGCUGGUUGUGCGGUCUUUGGCUGAUAAAGGAGGACUAGACUAUGAUGCAAUAAUGCAAUCGGCUGCACCGGAGUUCGCCACGUCGGAUUCUGAAGUUGGACUUGAAAGAGGACGAGAUGCUGAUCGUCAACAUGAAUCUGAAAAGGGAAUGGGAAAUAAUACUAGAAGAAGUCCUAGUCAUGAGAAGGAUCGUGGUCCUAAUAAUGACGAUAAUGCGGGUGACGACUAUGACAAUGAGGGUGAUGGCGAUGACUAUGGUUUUGGCAAGGAGGAUGAUGAGGAUGGCUAUGGUGAUGAUUAUUAUGGCACAUAUGGCAAUGGGUAUGAUGAUAGCUACGAUGAAGAUUAUUGAUGAGUCUAAUCACCUGAGCCAUGCAACAAAGCACGUUUCUCUAGUGUGUCUACAAUUUAGCUUCUGCAGAAUGUUUGGACCAUUAUAUUUUACUUACUUUUGCAUACAACCUUUUCUAGAUGGAUCAUAUGCUUUGUGAGGUUAUUCUAAAUACAAAUACAAUGUACGUUCUUUAGUCGUGUCUGGUUGUUAAUAAGAUAUCUUUUAAAUGCUA